AUGCCUACAGCCAAGGUCAAGUCGAGUACUGGAAAGACCAAGUUCAACUACACAAUAUCAACACCAUCGUCUUCGUCGGCCAAGCAUAUCGACAAGAGUCUACCAACCUUGCUGUUCAUUCAUGCGGUUUACAUUGGACAACAUAUCUUCCAACGACAAUUCGAGGACCCGCAAAUAAGAAGAUUUAAUUGUGUUACAUUGGAUCUUCGAAUCCAUGGUCAUACGUCGGGUGAUCCUAUUCCCGAAGGCUAUGGCGCAAAAGAGUCUGCAGAAGACCUAGCAAAGUUCAUGGAUGAGAUAAAAUUACCCGCUUGUCACAUUGUCGGUCUUUCCAUGGGCACCAUUGCGGCAAUCGGCCUCGCUGUCUACUACCCAGAUAAAGUCGCAUCCCUUUUCCUCGUGUCACCGCUAGGACUGGAAGAGCCGACAGAUGUCGCCGAUGGCCGGCGGGAAAUAGCAGAUUACUGGAAGGAAGGUUUCAAGACAGGCCAGCCCGACAUGGAAGUCCUCUCUGACGCGGUCUACGGUGCCCUGCAAUUAGGUUUCAGCAACAACCUUGACGGCUUAGCGAACGCGCUUGUCGCUUUCACACUGGCUUUGGCCCUGAAGAAUUGGGGACCCAAAUGCUUUGACCAGUACGACAGAGCCACGGUCGAGUUUUUCAACAAUCGAAAGGAGUACAGCAAUGACGAACUGUCUCGGAUACGAGGACCAGUCAAGUUGGUCCAUUGCCUUGGGGAUGUCGCGUACUCCCAGGAGUACACGGAAAAAUUCAUGCAACAGCUCAAGGAUGCCGCGGUAACCGUUAGUCUUACCACGAUAUCCGAAGCACCACACUUUGGUCUUGCAACGCACGGGGAUAUUGUUAACCCCAUUCUCCAUGAUUUUAUUAUAGGUAGUUGCAGAACCUCUGUUCCGCCAGCACCCCAAGAAGUCAUCUCUCCAUGGGAGACCGAGUUGGUGAAAGCUGGUUGGGAUAAGGGUGGGAGUGACUCUGAAGACGAUUGA